GACGAGGGGGCUCACUGUGAAGCCAUCUCUUGACCAAUGAUAUCCUCUCCCAUCGCCCAAAGUGGAUACCCAAGAACGAGCGUCUAAAUCUGAGUUUCGAUUUCAUUGACCUUGAUCAUUUUCACAUGUCACAUCCAGCAAAAGCUACAUGUACUUGUGUUAAUCAACUACACAACAUCCAACAUGCGCCUCCGAGAUACACAAAAGAUUGUGCUGCCGCCCACGGCGGACAUGCAUGUCCACCUCCGCCAGGGCGAGAUGAUGAAGCUGGUAACACCCUCCAUCAGGCGUGGGGGCGUCGACACGGUCUUCGUCAUGCCAAACUUGCAGCCCCCUAUCAGGACCGUGGAGCGUGCUCUAGAGUACAAGUCCGAGCUCCAGUCGAUCGAGCCCAACGUGACCUAUCUCAUGUCGCUCUACUUUCACGCAGAACUGACCCCCGAAAUCGUGACCCAGGCAGCCAAGGCUAGGCUGGCAGGCAUCAAGGUCUAUCCGCAGGGCGUCACCACCAAUUCAGAUGCGGGGGUCGUCUCUCUCGACGGCUUUGAUGAUAUCUUUGAGGCUAUGCAGCAGCACGAUCUCGUGCUCAACCUUCAUGGCGAAGUCGUCGGUAACCCUGCCAAAGGGCUCACCCACGAGGAAGCUUUCCUGCCCACGCUCAAGUCCAUUCACGCCAAGUUCCCAAAGCUGCGCAUCGUUCUCGAGCACUGUUCGACGGCCGCUGCCAUCGACGCUGUCAGGAGCUGCGGCCCCUCUGUUGGCGCCACGAUCACAGCUCACCAUCUGUACCUCACAGGGGACAUGAGCAACGUCGACCCUCAUGCAUUCUGCAAGCCCAUCCCCAAGACACCCGAGGACAGGGAUGCCCUCUUGAAGGCAGCAACGAGCGGCGACAGCAAAUUCUUCUUCGGAACCGAUAGCGCGCCUCAUCCUCUGGCCUCCAAGAGUGCUCAAGGCAAGGCGCCCCCCGCUGGCGUGUUCACGCAGCCGUAUGCCACGCAACUUGUGCUGCGAGCUUUCGAGGACGCUACGGAAAGAGGGAUUAUCGCGGAAUCAGACGUCACACAGGAGAAGCUCGAGGGAUUCUUUAACAAAUUCGGUCGUGGCUUCUACAAGCUACCUGAUAAUACUGCCAACGGGCCCAAGAUCAUCUUGGAGAGAAAAGGGGAGAAGAUCCCUACGAGCAUUCAGGGCGAGGGUCUGGAAGUGGGCAUCUCGAGAUCUGGGGACGAGGUAUUCUCGUUGCGUUGGGAGAACUAAAGCAGUGCGGAUCGUGUUUUCUCGUCAAGAGAAGGCGAUGAGACAACGAGACAACAUGCGUGGAAUUGUGCAGCACCGAAAAUAAGGUUGAUUCAUGCGCAUCGUGGCACAUGAGGCUAGCCCCGGUAGGCGCUGACGAGCCGAAACACGUUGCCUGUCUCAGAUAUGCUGGGAGGAGAAUGUUCCCUGCAAUGACGCAAUUAUCAUGAAAGAUUCGUCUAGGCUGCUUCAUCUUCAAGAACGGCCCGCUGUGACGCUCGUUGGAGUCUUGAACAAGGCAUAGACAGCAAGACACUCAUCCAGACAUUGGCAGUGUCCGGACAAGGAACGACCACAGCCACGGGUCACAAUACGAGCUUGGCAGUUGCGUUGCGGCAAAUGGUUCCUAAUUUGUGUUAUGGUACAGAAUAUCCAAAUUU